CGCCUGCGCAUUAGGGGUGACGCGGCUGUAUUUCCGGUGCGACGCAAACACCAGCGCUGCUGUUUCUGAUAACGCAAAUCAGCUGCUCUUCAUUUCCUCCCCUGCUCCCUCAAACCAUGUCUGCAUCGGGCUUCAUGUUGGUGGUCUUCGCGGUGUCUCUGUGGUCCGGAGACGCCAGGGCGGUUGUUGAACCUUUGUCCCUCGAUCAGAGACCUGUGACCAGUGUCCCAGGUAUAGAUCACACGCUUACAUGCCUGCCAUGCCGCCAGAUCAUCCAGGUGUCGGCCAACAUGAUUUCCAGCAGCCAGGCUAAGGAGACUGUAUAUGAAGUCCUGCACGAUUUGUGCCAACGCCUCCCAGAAGAAAAGGCAACAGAGUGCGAGUCACAGAUAAAGUCUUAUCUCCCAAAGGUCCUGCAACAGACACCUGCUCACCUGAAACCAGCAGAGGUCUGUGUGGCAUUUGGACUUUGCGUUUCCCACAAGGAGGAAGAACCCCAGAAAAUACCUCCCCGUGUCGCAGUUAAAGAGACACCCAACUCUGCACUUGAAUCGGGAACCAAACCCCAUGUCAGUGAGCAACUCAACCCUAUUUGCACCCUGUGUGUGCUUUUUAUCAAGAAGCUGGAGACUCUGUUGCCCACAAACAUGACUGAGGAGGCUUUAAGGAAGAUCAUGGGAGAGGUCUGCGAUCUGAUACCUAAGCAUUACAAGGAACAAUGUGAUGAUUUUGUGGACAAAUAUGGCGUGGCCAUCAUCGACUUCCUUUUAUCUUCGGCUGCCCCUCACACGAUUUGCGCCCUUUUGCACCUCUGUUUGUUCAAGGAGCAGCUUGGACCAGUGUCACCAGAGUUCCCAGAGCUAGUCGUGCCCUCAGACUGCGAGUCCUGCCGUACGCUGGCUAUGCUGAGCCGACUGCACCUGGGUCUCAACGCCACUCAGCCUCAGACUUCUGCUUUCCUGCAAUCUGUGUGCGUGGAUCACCCGAAGGCCAUCCCCAAGUGUGAAUCUUUCACCACAAUCUACGGCUCUCAGCUGCAGAAGGUUUUGGGAAACCAGAUGGAUGUUCCGCAUGCCUGCGAGAGAACCAGCCUGUGCGCAGCUGUGAAGAAGCAGCAGGUGGAGCCGCUGGGACAGAAUCCUUGUACUUGGGGACCAAGCUUCUGGUGCAAAGACGUUGAAACUGCUCAGAAAUGCGGGAAUCAAGCCUUCUGUGAGAAAUACAUGUGGAAGAAGCAUGAGUGAGGAACCCUGCCAGACUCCAGCUCUGUAACCGUGUGCACUUGGUGACUUGAUUGUAUUACACUGGUAAACCGAUUAUUGUUAUUAAUAAAUGUAAUGCACUGAUUUUUUUUUUAUCUAAAGGUGGUGGUGGUGGUGGAUGGAUGGGGGAGUGGGUGUGGGUGUGGGGGUACGUUAUUUCGGUCAUGAAUGAAAUACUCCGUUUCGCAUGACUGAGGCUGGCAAGUUUUGUGAACAGUGUUAUUUUAUGUAUUCCUAUAUGUGAUUAUGAAUGACUGGCAAUAAUACCGUUGUAAUGAAAUAAGUCACAGAGUUAUAAGACAAUUUGUACAAGUGGCAGGUCAACAUAUAGUAAAUGCAGAUCUGCUUGUUACAUUGUAUUACUUUUUUGAUGAUUCCUGUCGCAAAUGACUGUACAAAUAAAAGUCCCAAAUUUAAAUU